GUGGGGGCGCCGCGCCUGCGCAUAGCGGACCCGCGGACGGCAGAGCUGAGGGACGCAGUGGCCUCCGCGCUCCCGCUCGAGGUAUAUCUUCAUGAAUAACUUAAAUGAUCCCCCAAAUUGGAAUAUCCGGCCUAAUUCCAGGGCUGAUGGGGGUGAUGGAAGCAGGUGGAAUUAUGCCCUGUUGGUUCCAAUGCUGGGAUUGGCAGCUUUUCGUUGGAUUUGGUCAAGGGAGUCCCAGAAAGAAAUAGAAAGAGAGAGAGAAGCGUACCGUCAGAGGACGGCUGCUUUCCAGCGGGAUCUCGAAGCCAGGUACCAUGCCACAAUCUCGGAAAAUCGGCGUGCCGUGGCUCAGUUGUCUUUAGAACUUGAAAAGGAACAAAAUAGAACAAGUAGUUAUCGAGAAGCUCUUAUCUCACAGGGGCGCAAGUUGAUAGAAGAAAAGAGGCUUCUGGAACAAGAGCGGGCUCAGGUAAUGCAAGAAAAAAGACAGCUUCAGCCUUUGAGGAGUGCGUAUCUGAGCUGCUUGGAAAAGGAAGAAGACUGGCAGAGGAGAGCCAGGCUUGUGCUGAAGGAGUUCGAAGACGCUCUCACAGAAAGACAAAGAAUCUACUGCAGUCUGUUUCUUCCUCGCAACAAGCGGCUGGAGAUAGAGAAGAACUUACUGGUGCGAGCUUCCGUUGACCCAGUUGCUGCCGACCUCGAGAUGGUCGCUGGCUUAACCGACAUAUUUAAGCAUGAUACGUAUUGUGGUGAUGUCUGGAAUACCAACAAGCGCCAAAAUGGAAGACUCGUGUGGCUCUAUCUCAAAUAUUGGGAACUAAUUGUCCAACUGAAAAAGUUUGAGAGAGUAGAGAAAAGCAUACUAGAAAAGUAAGACAAGGACGAAGUAAAGCUGCUUUUAAUGACUCGAGGCCAGACUGACCUUGUGGCAUUCUGAGUUAGCCGAUGUCUUCUCCACUUCAGUGCUACCUGUGUUGUGGCCACAUGUAGCCACCUUUCAGCAGCGACCUUCCACCCCACCACCCCCUGUGAGCAGAGAUAGUGAGGCCGGAGACUAAGGGUUUCCUCCUGGAUGCUCUGCAGCUGUUAAGGGUGCAGUUUCUCAGAAGCAUUCUUUAAGAUGCCAAUAUUUUAGUAAACCUUAUAUUUUAGCUUCAGGGUAGAAAUUGUUUUCAAGAAAGUUAAAUACAAUAUUGAUCCUCACCAUAA